AUGAACAAGAACAAGUUCCCUUUUACUCCUUCACAAUGGCAAGAGCUUGAAAAUCAAGCCCUUGUUUACAAGUACAUGGCUUAUGGUAUCUCUAUUCCUCCUGAUCUUCUUUUCACCAUUAGAAAAAGCUUUUUGGACUCUACUCUCUCUUCAACACUUUUGCCUAACACCCAACAACAUCAUUUUGGAUGGAACUAUCUGCAGAUGGGUUUGGGAAGAAAGAUAGAUCCCGAGCCAGGAAGAUGUAGAAGAACAGAUGGAAAGAAAUGGAGAUGCUCAAAAGAAGCAUAUCCAGAUUCUAAAUACUGUGAGAGACAUAUGCAUAGAGGAAAAAACCAUUCAAGAAAGCCUGUGGAACUUCUGAAAACAACAACAAAUAAUGCUUCAACGUUUGCAAACUCAUCCAUCACCAAAAAUACUUCUUCUUUGUCCUUUGAUACACAACAACACCAAAACUACUCUCAAAAUUCUUGCUAUGCUUCCAAUUUGCAACAUUCCUUUAUGUAUCCUCAGACAACAUCAAGGUCAUCAGCAUCUUCUGGUAUUGGUUUGUCAUUUGAAGACAAUAAUGGUUCCUUGUUUCUUGACAGUAACUCUUGCUCUCAGAAUAUGUGUAUGGACAAUAAUGUUUUCCAAUAUCCACCAAACCAUAAUGUGGUUGAAGUUACAAAAUCAGAUUAUGAGUCAUGCCAGCAAACAAAUCCAAUUCAAUCUUCCAAUGAUGGUGCCACAACCAUUCCUCUCACAUCACAAGGCAAAAGAUACUUCAUUUGUGGAACAAUAGGGCAUUGCAACCAAGGAAUGAAAGUUGAAAUAAACACACUUGCCACUCAAAUCUCUCCUACCUCUCCAGCUACAGCAUCUCCUACAACAGCAACAUCUCCUCCAAUAGCAGAUUCUCCAAUUGUUUCCAUCAUUCCCUCUGCAGCUCCACAAGAAACUACUACUCCUUCACCUGCAGAAUCUCCUGAAUCACCAAGUCCCUUGUUCCAAACACAAAUGGAAACUCCUACAUUAUCUCCGGUUAUUCCUUCCACUGAAUUGACAUAUGUGAAGCAAAACAAAAGUAUAAAAGCAUGA